UUCUGUUUCCAGGCGCCGGAUUUCGCCGUUUAAAGUCGUUCCACACAAUUUUUGCGUGCGUUUUUGUUGCUCUUGUUGCUCGUCUCCGCCGUCAACUACGAAGCAGCAACAAUGGAGUACGAGAACAAGCUCGUUCUCGCUCCCAUGGUUCGAGUUGGAACGCUGCCAUUUAGAUUACUAGCGGCUGAUUACGGUGCAGAUAUUACAUACGCUGAGGAAAUUAUUGAUCACAAGAUUAUCAAAUGUGAGCGCAUAGUUAAUGAUUAUAUCAGAUCAACUGAUUUUGUUGAGAAGGGAACGGAUAAUGUUGUCUUUAGAACCUGUAAUGAAGAGAAGGCUCGGGUUGUAUUUCAAAUGGGCACUUCUGAUGCUGUGAGGGCUCUAAAGGCUGCUCAAUUAGUGUGCAAAGAUGUUGCUGCGGUAGAUAUCAAUAUGGGUUGUCCCAAGUCAUUUUCUGUGAGUGGCGGCAUGGGUGCUGCUUUGUUGACAAAGCCUGAUCUCAUACAUGAUAUUUUAACAACUUUAAGGAGGAACAUAGACACUCCAGUAACAUGCAAGAUCCGACUUUUAAAAUCAUCCCAGGAUACAGUAGAACUUGCAAGGAGAAUUGAGAAGACCGGUGUUUCUGCUCUUGCUGUCCAUGGAAGGCAAGUUGCAGAAAGGCCAAGGGAUCCUGCAAAGUGGAAUGAGAUUGCUGAUGUUGUAUCAGCAUUAACUAUUCCAGUUAUUGCAAAUGGUGAUGUUUUUGAAUAUGAUGACAUUCAGCGCAUUAAAGUUGCAACAGGUGCUUCAUCAGUUAUGGUUGCAAGAGGUGCUCUCUGGAAUGUUUCGAUUUUCUCUCCCAAUGUUAAAGCACAUUGGGAAGAUGUGAAAAAGGAGUAUGUUAGGAAGAGCAUAUUAUGGGAUAAUGAUGUUAAAAGCACAAAGCAUACGUUAAAGGAGAUGAUAAUGCAUUACUCCUGCCUCGAAUUCCCAGAGGGAAAAGCCAUCAUCAAGUCACAAAAUUUGGUAGAUCUAGCGAAAGUUUACGGGGAUGAAGAAUAUUACGAGUCGGUUAGGGCAAACAGAAUCGCACUCGAUAGGCAUGCAUGACAGCACCAAGAACCUCCAGUAGACUGAACUUGCAAAAAAAGAAAAAAGAAGAAGAGGUACCCACUAACCAACCUAAGAAAUUAAGGGUUCCUGCUGCUGUUGUAUCUUUACUGAAAUAUAUGUUACAUUAUAACUCAAUAGCAUGUAUUGGUCUUUGCAAUUGUCUUGAUAUUUUAAAUUAAAAUUAUGUCAAAGAGUGGUGAAUCUCUUAGUGUA